UUUUGGGCUGGCCCGUUUUGCUUAACCGCGAUUUUCCCCAACAGCCUCGGAUGUCACUCGUGAACAGCGCUUGUCCUACUCUUCAUCUGAGCGGUGUUUUUUUGCACUUCGGCAAAGCAACGCUGACUUAGCGAGUGGGUCCGACGAUGGCUGCCCUAAUGGCAAGGGAGAGAUUAUUUAAAAUAUUCGUAUCGUUUUAUGUCCUCCUGUGCCUCUCAAUUAGAUUUACAGCAUCUAAAGAUGAACCAAAACUUUUAGUUUUGACAGUUGCAACAGAAGAAACUGACGGUUUCAAGCGAUUUUUAAGGUCUGCCAAAGUGUAUGGAAUAAACGUAGAAGUUUUAGGGAUGAAUGAAGAAUGGAAAGGAGGAGAUGUUCGUUUAUAUUCAGGUGGUGGUCACAAAGUUAACUUUUUAAAGCAGGCCAUGGAAAAGUAUUAUGAGCAGAAAGAUCUUGUCGUAAUGUUUGUUGACAGCUAUGAUGUUAUUUUUAUGGCAAGUCCUGAUGAAAUCCUGAAAAGAUUCCAUAAGACUAAGGCUAAGGUUCUUUUCUCUGCUGAGGGUUUCUGCUGGCCUGAUCCUACUCUAGCUGAUAGCUAUCCAAAAGGUGAAAAAGGAAAAAGAUUUUUAAAUUCUGGAGGCUGUCCUGACUUCUCUUAUACAGGAUUCAUGGGUCAUGCCCCAUACAUAUAUGAAAUUGUAACAAGCUCUUCGCUGAAAGAUGAAGAUGAUGAUCAGUUGUUUUAUACUAAAGUUUAUCUUGAUGAAGAUCUUAGGAAAAAGUGGGGUAUGAAGUUAGAUCAUAAAGCUGAAAUCUUCCAAAACUUAAAUGGUGCUGUUGGAGAUGUUGAACUGCGAUUCUCAGAUACUGAUAGUUAUUUACACAAUACUGCCUAUGGUACAAAUCCUCUUGUAGUUCAUGGCAAUGGAGCUAGCAAAGUUGCAUUAAAUUCCUUAGGAAACUAUUUGGCAAAAUCGUGGACACCAAAGCAAGGCUGUUUUAGUUGUUAUGAAGAUACCAUUUCACUAGAAAAGUUUAAGGUGAAACAGAAGCCUCAUGUCAUUCUUGCAAUUUUCAUAGAACAUCCAACUCCAUUUAUUACAGAGUUUUUUGAACGAAUUUUAUUACUUGAUUAUCCAAAGGAAAGGAUGGAUCUUUUUGUGCAUUGUGGAGCUGAAUAUCACAAAGAUGAAACUGAUGAAUUUCUGUCUUUACACAAACAUAAGUAUAACAGUGUGACUUAUCUGAAAUUUGAAAGUGGAUACAAAGAAUGGCAUGCACGGAAUCUUGGCCUGGAAGAAUGUACCAAAGUGGACUGUGAUUAUUAUUUCUCUGUUGACACAAAUGCACAACUGACAAAUCCUGAUACUUUACGUCUUUUAAUAGAACAAAAUAGAUCUGUAAUUGCACCAAUGUUAGUAAGGCCGAAUCGUUUAUGGUCCAAUUUCUGGGGAUCUCUUUCUUCAGAUGGAUUUUAUGCUCGAUCUGUUGAUUAUGUGGAUAUUGUUAAGAAAAAAAGAAAGUAA